GAUGUAGGUGGGUGCCGGCGCCGAUAGUAAAGUAGCCAGAGAGGCGGACGACUUCAUGAGACUAGCCAAGCAAAAACAACAGCUGCACCAGCAACAGCAGUUGGAGGCCUUCAGCAUCUUCACAAUGCACUUCAGUUCCGGCGCUCCCUUUCCCGUCCCUGUGCCUCAGGAUAUCAUUAAGAAAAUGGAGGCUUCUCUGAAGGACAGCAUUCUGGGACCUGCUCCGUUGGUGUUUGAAGAGGCUCAGGCGUCAGUGUAUAGGCUCAUGCGCCGAGAAUACUACCCCAGGUUCAGACACAGUCUUAUAUAUAGAAAGUUUUUGGAAUCCAGAGACGAUGGGAGUACUGUGGGCCAGACAAUCGAUGCCAGAGACAUUCCAUACACACACAGCCGCACACCUAGCGGCGCCAUCAAAGUACAAGAUACGACAAACAAUACGACAAACGAUCCAAAUACGACACGUGACGACAUUGUGGAUACUAUCGACACUGUCACAGAAGUUGAGGAGGAGGUCAGAGAAGCGGCGAUAAAUGCCAAUUUGUCGGUGGCGUCUGAGGUAAAAUAUUCGCAGCCCAUGGAUAUAUCGGGGCAAUCCAUACAGAGCCACAGCAGCAUACACAGCGAGAAGAGUGUGGGUGCUGACGUUGAAGAACCCGAAGCAAACCACGGUAGCCCUACAAGCCAAUCAGAAGGGCACAAUGCUAUCGGCGCCGCAAUUGCGUUAAUGAAAGAGCAACAGCUGAUUGUGGAGGAUCUCAUAAUAGCCUCUGUACCAGGCAGCAAGCAAUACAAAACGCUCAUCAACCAGCAGGAAGCAAUUGGGUUUGAGUUGGCUCAACUCAUGGCCAUGGGCCUGAUGAACCAAGACGAGGAGGUGAUGGAGGGCAUGACUGUGGAUGUCGGCUCUGUCGAUGUUGAAGCACAGGGGGAUAACCUGGGGAAAGUAGUCUAUCUGAUUGAGGUUGCUCAGUAUUCCGGUACCAAAUUCCUGUCCGGGUGGAUGCUGACCAAAGACUACGAUGACGUGGAAGAGUUAUACGCCAAACUGAGUUUACACUUUGCCAAGGUCAAGCAAAUCCCCUUCCCAGUCUGUCCCAAAAAGGAUAUGUUUGGUCGGCCUGGUAAUGUGGGUUCAUCCCUAACGCUAAAUAAACAAGGGGUCCUGCGUAAACGGGAAGAGAAGAAGGAACAGCACAGGAAAGCCAUCAACAGGUAG